AAAACUUAACUAGCAAUAUAAGCAAACUUAACCUUCAAAAUUAUAAUAUUGAUGACUAUAAUACUAUAGAGGAAGAAUAUGGCUCUGACUUUAAUGACGUUAAUGAGAAUUUGGAUGAUUUAAUAAAUAAGAUAGACAUGUUUGAGUAUAGUAAUACUGGUUUAAACUAUAAAGAAAAUUCAAAUAAUCCCCAUUUUUUUCAACUAAAUACAAAUGCACUUCAAUCUGCUCGUUAUUUUUCAACCAUUUUAAACGAAACUGAUAAUAUAGAUGAUUAUAUAUUAGAUUUAGAUAGUAAUUUUGAUAACAAAUUUAUAAUUUUUAUGACAACAGAACAGAUAUUACCAAUGAAAUGCAAUCAAAUUAGAUUUUCAAACUAA